CCAUCUUUCUCUCGAUUUCCAAUAACGGUUGACUGGGCACGCCGAAUCGGCAAAGAAAGCUUUACAUCCAGAUCUGGCAGAAAACACAUGUCCAGCACUGACCAUUCGUGAUGCCUCGUUUUAAAUGCUUACUGCUAUAUGGUUCUCAGCAAGGUCAAAAAGGGCACCAAAAGGCCCAAGUUUGGAAGAAACUAAUCUGGAACUGGCCUGACUUAUUGACUGAACCCCAUCCUUUCCUGUGGGACAGAGAUAAGGUAUGAUCUUGUCUAAACAAUAUAUCCCACAUGGGACUUGUAGGCUGUCCCAUUAUGGCCAGGGGUCAAAACGUCACAUCUGGCUAUAACAUUUUGUGGCAAGGACACCUGAAUGGAUGCAGAAUGGUUCCCCACACCAGAAAUCACCUCCAAAAACAGAUUACCGGGUGCGGAAAAUCUGACAAGGGACGUCUGUUACAGAGGCAGGGCGUAAAGGGGGUUCUGUAGCCUGGGAGGUCAAUUCGCUCUUUUUGCGCUUGCGAAAGUAGCAAGGGCAUUUGAAGGCGGCUCACUGUGCAGCAGAGCGUGGGAGAACUGGAACUGAUUUUGUAAUUCGUCAUCAGAUUAUCUGACAGCAAGUGUGUGUGUGUGUUCCAUCAGACCACAUCGGGACAUGCUGCAGAAGUGAAGUCAACCAACAUUCCGUAGUAGUGUUUGGGGGAUGACCAUUCUCACCAACAUGGCUAUAGGAGUGGAGUUGCCCAACGGACACGCACAGAGAGACCAACCGCGGCAGCAGCAACAGCAAGUUAACAUGCCUGGGUCCACCACCCUUUCCAUGAGUGAAAGAAGUGGGUACAGUCGUUGGGCUGGGGAUGUGGACAACAUAGACUUACAAAUUGCACCAAAAGAACCCGGAUCAGAAGGUUGGUUUUCAGGAAGGAAGGGUCUGGUCCUGAGGAUCCUGGUGCUGGGCACGCUGUUCGUGUUCGGACUGAUCCUGGGGUAUGUGAUCCGGCGCAGCACGCACGGCGUCCCGUCUAAGGUGUUGGACAGUCUCCAGCAGGACUACAGGCAGGACAUCAGUCAGCAGCUCAUGCACAACAUGAGAGCAGAAAACAUCGAAAGUAACCUCAGAUGGUUGACAAAUCAGUCCCAUGUUGGUGGAUCAGAUGAGAGUUACAACAUGGCCAGAACAAUUCGACAAAAACUGAAAGACUUUGGCUUUGACGCCACCCAGCUGAAACGUUACAAAGUUCUGUUGUCAUAUCCAGACAGGUCCAAACCCAAUACUGUGUCGUUUGUGGAGGGAGACAACACGUUGUUUCACACCACCGGUCAACAGUACAGUGAUCCCUCACUGUUGCAGCCCUACAACGCUUACAGCCCGAAUGGAACAGUGGAGGGCAAACUAGUUUAUGCAAACUAUGGCAGGAUGGAAGACUUCUCAAGAUAUGGGAAGACAUCAAACUGUACAGGGCGCAUCGUUAUCAUGAGAUAUGGGAAGAUCUAUCGAGGGGACAAGGUGGAGCACGCUGCAGCAGCCGGAGCCAUCGGUGUGGUUCUCUACUCCGACCCGGCUGACUACGCCAUACACGGCAGUAACGACACCUACAACGUCUCGUGGUGGUUGCCUAGAGACGGGGUACAGACUGGGGACAUCAGGGCGGGUAUGGGAGACCCUCUCACACCCAUGUACCCUGCUAUAGACAAUGUUGCCAGAUUAAAUGAGUCAGAUGCCAACCUGCCAACCAUACCAUCUCAACCAAUCAGCUACAAGGAUGCUGAACAAUUCCUGAACAUGUUGGAUGGACAGAUCGCACCAAUAGACUGGAAAGGGGGCAUCAAGAAUGUGGAAUACAGACUGGACCAAACAGACAACAAUGACAGAAAAAUGAAACUGGAAGUGAACAACAAGCGAGUGACAAAGAGCAUCUACAAUGUCAUUGGUACCAUCAGGGGAGCAGUAGAACCAGAUCGAUACGUGAUUGUCGGCAACCACCGCGAUGCCUGGACGUACGGAGCGAUCGACCCGUCUUCCGGGACAGCUUGUUUUCUGGAGCUUGCUCGUGCACUGGGACAAAUGGUCCAAUCAGGUUGGCGUCCGCGAAGGACGAUUAUCCUGGCCAGCUGGGGAGCUGAGGAGUUUGGCACCAUCGGCUCCACGGAGUGGGUGGAGGAAAACAUCAAUGAGCUGACAGAGAAGGCAGUGGCCUACCUGAACAUUGAUGCAGCUGUCAACGGUAACCAAACCCUGUGGGUGGGUGCGAGCCCUCACCUGUCCCAGGUCAUACAGGAGGCAGCUAAACAGGUUCCAUGUCCUCACCACAAGGGAAUGAGUGUGUACCAGCAAUGGGCUAAAAGUCUACCAGAGGAACCAAGGAAAUCUGACUCACCACCCAAAGUGCUAUCCUUACAUAACGGGGUGAAGAGAAGCGACUGGGAUGCUUUUCUGUUGUUGGCUGGCAUUUCGUCCCUUGAUGUAUCCUACACAAAAGACCCUAACUUGAACGUACCGUUCUACCCUGUCUACCACACGCAAUACGAGACGUUUGACUACAUGAAGAGGUUUAUCGACCCAGACUUCUCGGUGCACCUGGGUACGGUACGGGUCCUGGGGGAGACCGCCUUGCGUCUGGCAGACUCCUUCGUACUCCCCAUGAACUGUAGUCUGUACGCGGAUGCCCUGAGUAAAUACGUGUCAGAUCUGGAGACGCAUUACGGGAAGAAAAACCUGCACGACAACUUAUUCCUUGGUUAUCUAAAGCAUGCUGUGUCACAGUUUUCUCAAGCCUCAGAAACCAUGCAGGAGGUCAUAGCUACUGCAGACAGAACCAACCCCCUGUUGAUCCGGAGCCACAACGACAAACUGAUGCAGAUGGAGAGACACAUGCUGAACCCAUCGGGACUCCCAGGCAGACCCCAGUACAGACAUCUGGUGUUUGCACCGAGCCAACACGACUCCUACAGCGGUGCCACCUUCCCCGGGGUGGUGGACGCUAUAGAGGAGGGGGACUGGGUAGCUGCUCAUCAACAGCUGUCAAUCAUCACUGUCACCAUCGAAUCAGCAGCCAAGAACAUGGACGAUGGAGCCAUCAAAGGGCCUUGACCAAUCAGAGGAGAGUGAGAUUUAAGUUGUCCAAUCAGAUGUAAAAACUUGUGCUGGACAGAAUUAUGCAGUGUACAUUUUGUUUUCAUUUUCUUUUAUUUUGGGGCCAGGAGGGUCAGACAGUAUUUUCUAUAUUUGUUUUGCUGCAUCCCUUUUAUUUGGAUUUCUAAGUAAUUUUUCUUCCCUCCUUUUAU